AUGAUAGAUAGUGUUUGUUUAUUCAAGUUUAUAUUAAAUAAUAAACCUCUAAGAAUAGUAAUAUUCCAACAUGUAACUAGUAUACAUCAACAACUAGGUAUAAAGAUUGUUAAAUCAAAUGAUUUAGAAUCAUUGUAUGAUUAUAUCAAAUUUAAUCAAACCGAUCUUUUCAUCAAACACUUUGAUCGUUUAUAUCAAUUGAUUCUUUUGGUUGAUAAUCAAUCAAAAAGAUAUAAAAGAAACAAGAGUCUUGACCUUUCUUUUUUAAAUAAUAAUUAUAUUGAAAGAUUAUAUUGGCUAUUUGAUAUCAUAUUUGAAAAGAAUAAUCAUGUUGCAAUGAAAUAUUUAAUUGAUCGACUUGCGAUAGCAAAACAACACUUUCAAUCAUAUAAACCAUACUUUGCAAUCAGUCACUACCAAAUCACAACCGAGAUGUUCAAUGUAUUGAGAGAUGCGAACUUUUCAACAACCGUACCAUUCCUUCAACAUGAAAUGAUCAAUGUAUUGGUUAGACUUGGUGAUUAUGAUCAAUUGGAAUCAUAUCUAUCUAAAUUGGAUAAUCCAACUCUAUCAUCUUCGUCAUCAUCGUCAUCGUCAUCACGUCAUCCAUUUAAAAAGUCAUUUUCAUAUUUACUUGCCAACAAUAUUAACAACAACAACAACAAUAACAACAACAACGACAACAAGGACUAUAUUCUUAGGAUAAUAGAUAUAUUUAAAAGAUAUUCAAUCAAUGUUAUUGAAGAUGUAUUAAUUGGAGCAUUGGAGAGUAAUCAUUUGGGAAUGAUAAAGUGGGUAAUCGAAAAUGUACCUGAAAAGAAACUAAUUGUAUAUUGUCAAGAUCAUGUUAUAUUCGGUGUAUUAGAGACACAUUGUAAAAAGGAGGUGUUGGAGAUGUUACCAAUACAACUGAUUCCUCCCUAUGCUUGCUUUGAUUGGCGUAUGGGCAGAGAGGCAGUUAAACAAGGAAAUUUUGAUUUCCUAGAGUAUUUUAUUUCACCUCAUCAUGACAAUAGUCAUGAGUUUGAACUGUUGAUAGAUACUCUUGCAUAUGGUAGAUUGGAUUGCUUUGAAUUGAUUCUAUCAAAAUAUCAGCAGAAAAAUAUACAGAUGGACCAGACGAUCAUCGACAAGAUUCAUCCAACCCUUUUUUCAAUAGAGUUUGUCUCAAGACUAAUUGGCUUGGGUUUCAAUGUACACCUUUUCAAUGGUACACUACAGGCAGCCAUACAAUCCAAUCAACUAGAUACCUUGAUCGAAUUGGGUCCACCACAACUACGGUCUGAAAACUUUACCAAACUACUCGGUUGCGCAAUAGAAUGUAAUAGUCUAUCAUCAAUCGACGUCCUACUACACCAUCCACGAUUCCAAGGGUUUCUUCUUCCACAUCCAACCAUCAACAUUAAUUGUAUAACACCACAAACUAUACCAACCAUUGAAUAUUUAUUCUCAAAGUCAACAACAAUACCCAUCAUUACACUCGAUUGGGAUUUCUCCUCCUCUUCUCCCAUCGAUUAUGUGUCAGUUUCAAAGGUGAUUCGGUUGGUUUAUAGACCCAACAUUAUUGGUCACUGUCAAUUAAUUGGUAUCUUUUUAUUUGCAAAUGAUACAAAAUGGUUGUUUGAACAAUAUAUCAUCAAAAAGGAUCCUGGUUCGGUAUCGGCACUGUUUUACAGCGAUCGGGGUGGUAUAUUGACCCAUCUAUUCGACAUUGCAUGCCACAAUGAACACUAUCAAGCUUUGGAUUUUCUUUUUGACCGUUGUUCACCAGGACAAACCGUCACUCAUUUAUUGUUGACUAGUUUGGUACGUAUACCAAAUGACCAACAGUUUGAACGAUUUUGGACAAAGAUAGUAUCCAUCACAGACCAGAGAAUUGUUACUUCCAUUGUUAGUAUUAUUUUUAAUAUUAUCUUGUGUCCAAGAGAUCCUCUUCAAACAAAAAGAUUAAAGUUUAUUGUUGAUAUGUAUGGUACUUUAUAUAGUCGUCAUAAUAAUAAUAAUAAGGUGCCACCAAUAGGGUUUCCUUCAAUGGUAGUCCUUGAUCACAAUCCUUAUGCUAACUAUCCAACUCUAAUGGAGGUGUUUUGUUAUCAAAAAGUACCUUGGAUUAUUAAUUAUUCGGUUAAAGAUGAAUUGAAAAUCUUUCAAAAGGCAAUCAGUGUUGGUUAUAUCCUUCCUAUUCCAAAGUUUUUAGAUAAUGAUAAUAAUAAUAAUAAUAAUAAUCAACUAGACCAAAAAUCUAAAUAUAGUGUUUGUUUAUUCAAGUUUAUAUUAAAUAAUAAACAUCUAAGAAUAGUAAUAUUCCAACAUGUAACUAGUAUACAUCAACAACUAGGUAUAAAGAUUGUUAAAUCAAAUGAUUUAGAAUCAUUGUAUGAUUAUAUCAAAUAUGGUCAAACUGAUCUUUUCAUCAAACACUUUGAUCAUCUACAUCAAUUGAUUCUAUUAGUUGAUAAACAAUCAAAAGAAUAUAAAAGGAUAAACAAGAGUCUUGACCUUUCUUUUUUAAAGAAUAAUUAUAUUGAAAGAUUAUAUUGGCUAUUUGAUAUUAUAUUUGAAAAGAAUAAUCAUGUUGCAAUGAAACAUUUAAUUGAUAGACUUGCUUUGACAAAACAUCACUUUCGAUCAUAUAAUCCAUACUUUACACCAAUCAGUCACUAUCAAAUCACACCAGAAAUGCUAAAUGUAUUGAGAGAUGCAAACUUUUCAACAACUGUACCAUUCCUUCAACAUGAAAUGAUCAAUGUAUUGGUUAGACUUGGUGAUUGUGAUCAAUUGGAAUCAUAUCUAUCUAAAUUGGAUAAUCCAACUCUAUCAUCUUCAUCGUCAUCACAUCAUCCUUUGAAAAGUUCAUUUUCAUAUUUACUUGCCAACAACAAGGAAAACAACAACAGUGAAAUGAUCAAUAUUCUUAAGAUGAUAGAUAUAUUUAAAAGAUAUUCAGUAGAUGUUAUUGGAGAUGUAUUAAUUGGAGCAUUGGAGAGUAAUCAUUUGGGAAUGAUAAAGUGGGUAAUCGAAAAUGUACCUGAAAAGAAACUAAUUGUAUAUUGUCAAGAUCAUGCUGUAUUUGGUGUAUUAGAGGCACAUUGUAAAAAAGAGGUGUUGGAGAUGUUACCAAUACAACUGAUUCCUUCCUUUGCUAUAUGUGGCUCAAAUGCUAUUAGACGAGGAAAUUUGGAUUUCCUAGAGUAUAUUUUAAUAUUAAAGACGUCAACACCACCACAUCUUCAAAAUGCUUAUGUGAAAAGAAUGUUGACCCAAAGUAUUGAAUAUGGUAGAAUGGAUUGCUUUGAAUUGAUUCUAUCAAAAUAUCAAGCGGAUCAAUUACAACCAAACCAUACCACAAUCACCAAGAUCCAUCCAAGCUGUUUUUCAAUAGGUUUGGUCGUAAGACUAAUUGGUUUGGGUUUCGGUGUACACCUUUUGGAUGGUAUAAUAGAGACUGCUAUACACGCCAAUCAACUAGAUAUAUUGGAUGAAUGCAAUUCCAUCGACAUUUUAAAGCAUCCACGACUCCAAGAGUUUCGUCUUCCACACCCAACCAUAAACAUUAAUUGUAUAACACCACAAACUAUACCAACCAUUGAAUAUUUAUUCUCAAAGUCAACAACAACACCCAUUCAAUUCAGUUGGGAUUGCACCUCUACUUCUUUUGGCAUCAUCGAUUUCGUGUCAGUUUCAAAGAUGAUUCGGUUGGUUUAUAGACCCGAUAUUAUUGGUCAUUGUCAGUUAAUUGGUAUCUUUUUAUUGGCAAAUGAUAUAGAAUGGUUGUUUGACCAAAAGAUCAUUACAAAAGAUGAUCCUGGUUCAAUAUCGGAUCUAUUUAAGACCAACACGACUGUAUUAAAAUCUAUCAUCGAUAUUGCCUGUAGGAAUGGACGCUACCAAGCUUUGGAUUUUAUUUUUGACCAUUGUCUACCCACCCAAAUCAACGGUCGAAGGCCAUUAGCUAGUUUGGUACGUAUACCAGAUGACCAACAGUUUGAACGAUUUUGGAAAAAGAUAGUCAUAACAGAGUCGAGAGUUGCCGUCGCCAUUGUUCUUACCAUCAUUGAUAUUAUAUUGUGUCCAAGAUAUUUUGGCAACAACCCAAAAAGAGCAAAGAUUAUGCUUGAUAUUUAUGGUACUUUAUAUAGUAGUAGUCAGAAUAAGAUUAAUCAUUUGGUGCCUCCAAUAGGGUCUCCUUCAAUCAAUGAUAUGCAUCAGAACUAUCUCUUUGCUCAUUAUCCAACUCUAUUAGAAGUGUUUUGUUAUCAAAAUGUACCUUGGAUUAUUAAUUAUUCAAUUGCAGAUGAAUUGAAAAUCUUUCAAAAGGCAAUCAGUUUUGGUUAUAUCCUUCCUAUUCCAAAGUUUUUAGAUAAUGAUAAUAAUAAUAAUAAUAAUAAUAAUAAUCAAAUAGACCAAAAAUCUAAAUGUAUUUUAAUAGCAAUAAUAUUCCAACAUGUAACUAGUAUACAUCAACAACUAGGUAUAAAGACUGUUAAAUCAAUAGAUUUAGAACCAUUGUAUGAUUAUAUCAAAUUUAAUCAAACCGAUCUUUUCAUCAAACACUUUGAUCGUUUAUAUCAAUUGAUUCUAUUAGUUGAUAAACAAUCAAAAGAAUAUAAAAAGGUAAACAAGAAUAAUCUUGACCUUUCUUUUUUAAAGAAUAAUUAUAUUGAAAGAUUGUAUUAUCUAUUUCAUAUCAUAUUUGAAAAGAAUAAUCAUGUUGCAAUGAAAUAUUUAAUUGAUAGACUUGCUUUGACAAAACAUCACUUUCGAUCGUUUAAACCAUACUUUACAACCAGUCGUCAUUUUAAAGCCGACCACUAUCAAUUCACAACCGAGAUGUUCAAUGUAUUGAGAGAUGCAAACUUUUCAACAACUGUACCAUUCCUUCAACAUGAAAUGAUCAAUGUAUUGGUUAGACUUGGUGAUUAUGAUCAAUUGGAAUCAUAUCUAUCUAAAUUGGAUAAUCCAACUCUAUCAUCUUCGUUAUCAUCGUCAUCGUCAUCACGUCAUCCAUUUAAAAAAUCAUUUUCUUAUUUACUUGCCAACAACAACAAUAAUAAUAAUAAUAAUAACAAGGACAAAGAAAUGAUCAAUAUUCUUAGGAUGAUAGAUAUAUUUAAAAGAUAUUCAAUCAAUGUUAUUGGAGAUGUAUUAAUUGGAGCAUUGAAGAGUAAUCAUUUGGGAAUGAUAAAGUGGGUAAUCGAAAAUGUACCUGAAAAGAAACUAAUUGCCUAUUGUCAAGAUCUUGUUAUAUUCGGUGUAUUAGAGAUACAUGGUAAAAAGGAGGCGUUGGAGAUGUUACCAAUACCACCGAAUCCAUCAGACUGCUCAUAUGCUAUUAUGCACGGGAAUUUUGAUUUCCUAGAUGUAUCAUCCAUCGACGUUCUACUACACCAUCCACGAUUCCAAUGGUCUCUUCUUCCGGAUUCCACCACCACCACCAUUGACAUUGGUUAUAUCACACCAAAAACCAUCCAAACAAUCGAAUAUUUACUUGACAAGUCAACAACAACAACAACAACAAUACCCAUCAUUAAAUUCAAAUGGGAUUUCACCUCCUCUUCUCCCAUCAAUUAUGAGUUGGUUUCAAAGGUGAUUCGGUUGGUUUAUAGACCCGACAUUAUUGAUCAUUGUCAGUUAAUUGGAAUCUUUUUAUUGGCAAAUGAUAUAGAAUGGUUGUUUGCCCAAAAGAUCAUUACAAAAGAUGAUCCUGGUUCAAUAUCGGAUCUAUUUGGUGAUGGGAGUGGUAUAUUGACAAAUAUAAUCGAUAUUGCCUGUCGGAAUGGAUACUAUCAAGCUUUGGAUUUUAUUUUUGACCAUUGUCCACCCACCCAAAUCAACAAUCAAAUGGUAUUGAUGAGUUUGGUACGUAUACCAGAUGACCAACAAUUUGAAAGAUUUUGGAAAAAGAUAGUCAUAACAGAGACAAAAGUUGUGUCUUUUAUUUCUCAAAAUAUUAUUAUUAAUAAUAUUUUGAAGAGAGACGAUAUUUUCAAUUUAAAACCAAAAAGAGCAAAGUUUAUAGUCAUCGACAUUUAUGGUACUUUAUAUCGUAGUCGUCUUAGAAUUAAUAAUAAUAAUAAUAAUAUAAUGAUAGUGAACCCAAUACAAUGCCCUUUGGUCACAGAUUCAGUUCAGAACUAUCCUUUUAUACUCUACCCAACUCUAAUGGAGGUGUUUUGUUAUCAAAAUGUACCUUGGAUCAUCAAUUAUUCAAUUCAAGAUGAAUUGAAACUCUUUCAAAAGGCAAUCAGUGUUGGUUAUAUCCUUCCUAUCCCAAAGUUUUUAGAUAAUAUUAAUAUUAAUAAUAAUGAUAAUAAUAAUCAACUAGACCAAAAAUCUAAAUAUAAUUUAAUAAAGUUUAUAUUAAAUAAUAAACCUCUAAGAAUAGUAAUAUUCCAACAUGUAACUAGUAUACAUCAACAACUAGGUAUAAAGACUGUUAAAUUAACAGAUAUAACAACAUUGUAUGAUUAUAUCAAGUAUGGUCAAACCGAUCUUUUCAUCAAACACUUUGAUCAUUUACAUCAAUUGAUUCUAUUGGUUGAUAAACAAUCAAAAAGAUAUAAAAUGGUUAUAAAUAAUAAUUAUAUUGAAAGAUUAUAUUGGGUAUUUCAUAUGAUAUUUCUAAAGAAUAAUCAUGUUGCAAUGAAACAUUUAAUUGAUAGACUAGUUAUAACAAAGCUAGACUUUCUAUCAUACAAAUCACAUUUUAUGACCUAUUGUUAUCAAUUCACAACAGAAAUGUUCUACGUAUUACGCGAUGCAAACUUUUCAACAACUGUGCCAUUCCUUCAACAUGAAAUGAUCAAUGUAUUGGUUAGACUUGGUGAUUGUGAUCAAUUGGAAUCAUAUCUAUCUAAAUUGGAUGAUGCAACCCAUUCACCACCCUCUCCUCAUCCAUUUAAAAGUUCAUUUUCAUAUUUACUCAACAGCACCAACAAAACAACAAUGUACACUAUAGACAAUAUAAUAUAUAAAUUUAAAAGAUAUGCAAUCAAUGUUAUUGGAGAUGUAUUAAUUGGAGCAUUGGAGAAUAAUCAUUUGGAGAUGAUAAAGUGGAUUGUUGAAAAUGUACCUGAAAAGAAACUAAUUGCAUAUUGUCAAGAUCAAGUUAUAUUCAAUGUAUUCGAGACACAUUGUAAAAAAGAUGUGUUGGAGAUGUUACCAAUACCACUUAAUCCUCCCUAUGCUCAGGGAGGUAAUGAAGCCAUUAGAAUUGGGAAUUUGGAUUUCCUAGAGUAUUUUUUAAAGACACCUCGUGAAAAUGGUCGUGUCAUUAGAAUGUUGAAUGAAUGUCUUGCAUUUGGUAGAUUGGAUUGCUUUGAAUUGAUUCUAUCAAAAAAUCCAGACCUACAAAUACAAAAGACUGUGACCAACAAGAUUCAUCCAAACUGUUUUUCAACAAGUUUUGUAUCAAGGUUGAUUGGGAUGGGGUUCUACGUACACCUUAUGGAUGGUAUUAUAGAGACUGCUAUCCGAUCCAAUCAACUAGAUACAUUGGUUCAAUUGGAAUCUCCACAACUACCACUACGAGUUGAAAAGUUUACCAAACUACUCGGCUAUGCAAUAGAAUGUAACAGUCUGUCAUCCAUCGACGUCCUACUCCACCAUCCACGAUUCCAAGGGUUUCUAUCUCCAACCAUCAACCUUCAUUGUAUUACACUACAAAGUCACAUACCAACCAUUGAAUAUGUACUCUCAAAGUCUCCAUUGCCAUUCAAUUUCAAAUGGGAUUUUGCAUCUCCCAUCGACUACGUAUUAGCUUCAAAGGUGAUUCGGUUGGUUUAUAAACCCCAUAUACUUGGUCAUUGUCAAUUAAUUGGUAUAUUUUUAUUUGCAAAUGAUACGGAAUGGUUGUAUGAACAAAAGAUCAUUACCAAAAGUCCAGACUCUGUCUCUGCAUUAUUUGACGACGAUAGGAGUGGUGCUUUGGCAAGUCUAUUUGACAUUGCAUGCCAAAAAGGAUAUUACAAAGCUUUGGAUUUUCUUUUUGAUAAUUGUCUACCUCACCAAAUCAACAAUCAUCUAUUGUUGACUAGUUUGGUACGUCUACCAGAUGACCAACAGUUUGAACGAUUUUGGACAAAGAGAUUCGUAACAGAGUCGGCUGUUGUAUCUUCCAUUGUUCAUACUAUUAUUCUACGUCCAAAAGACCAUAAUUCAAAAAGAGCAAAGUCAAUCGUUGACAUUUAUGGUACUUUUUACAAGAUUAAUAGUAUCAUGACACCAAUAGAAUAUCCCUCAAUGGAAACCCUUGGCAGUCAUCCCUUUGCGCAUUAUUCAACUUUAAUGGAGGUGUUUUGUUGUCAAAAUGUACCUUGGAUUAUUAAUUAUUCGGUUCAAGAUGAAUUGAAAAUCUUUCAAAAGGCGAUCACCCUCGGUUAUAUCCCUCCUACUUCAUCAUCAUCAGAGUUGGUCAAUGAAAUCAACAAAAAAUCUAAAUGUAAUUUAAUUAAGUUUGGCUAUCACGUGAUCAGUAGACAUGGCUUGGGUGAUUCUCUCUAG